CCAUAUUGAUUUAAAGUUCGAUUUCCUAUCACAUUUAGCGCUGAUAUUGAACUUAUCGAUAUUGAAGAGUUUCCAUUAUCUAGCGUACGGAUCUAGCGUGUGAUUGGACAAUAUUAAUAAGGGACUACCGGUAGCUUGGUUAUAACAAAAAGUAACUAUUUUUGUUAAAUAAAUGAAUGAAAACUAGUUAAUAACUAAAGUAAAAUUGAUGUUAUUUUUAGUAAAGAUAUAAUUGUAGAAAUAAUUAUAAUCUAAGAACGAACGAAUAUUGAACAAUCGUUCGAUAUUCGACUAAUAUUCGAUAUGGGGUUUUUUGUUCCUUGAAUUUGGCAUUAUUGUAUAUCUAUGAAUUUAGUGCAGAUAUAGGUUGCAUUCUAAAUGAUAUCCUUUAGCAUCUGGUAGUAGGCUAUCUAUAUGCAGUUAUAGUAAUGCCCUGUGUAUGGGUAUAGUAAUGCCGCUGCUGACAAUGACCAGGAGCGGUAGGUGGCUGUGAUAAGUGAAUCUGUGUCCUUCCCUAUCGUGAUAAACGCGUAGUGGCAGUGGAGAAAGAUACUUCGUCGUCAGUCGAGGAAAGCGUCUAACCCUUGAUGAUUCGUCUUUUACGUAGCGUGCAGUGUAGUCGGAGUUCGCAAUUAUGAUUAAUAUAUCGCCCAAGAUCUACGAACUGUGUCGCCUUUGUUUAUCCCCGCAUGAUGUCAAAACAUCCAUAUUUGAGGGGGAAGGCUUACAGCAAAAUUUCGCCAAAAAGAUAUUAACAUGCCUCGAUGUUGAGGUAAAAAGUAAUGAUUCUCUACCAUCUAAGUUAUGUAUCUACUGUGCGGACAAGUUAAAAUCAGCAUACGAGUUUCGUCAGUGUGCAAAAAAGUGUGAUAGCAUAUUCAAACAGUACCUGAAUGACUCCUCCGGAUUAUCAAUCAGUAAUGGUCAGGAAAAUUCUUUCUCCACUGCCAAAAUAGUACGAGAGAAUCGCUUACGUUAUUUGGAAGUAAAUAGAGCGAUUAUAGAAGAAGCUAAUUCUCCAGCCAGCAUUAAUCAAAACACAAUACCUCAAAUACAAACACACAGAUUAGAAUUGCGUACAAAUGAAGUGGUAGGAAAUGAUAAUAAUAAAUGUGAACCAGAAGAUGAUACGUGUUCCAACAGUUCAGAUCCAGAUAGACUCCAAAUAGAGGAUCGAGAUGAACAAGAUAACGAAGGUGAAGAAAAUGGCUAUGAUAUGACCAUGAAAGGAAUUAAAGCGAGCGAUAAUAGUGAAAAUUGUAAAGCAGAUACAACUAAUGAUAGUUCAGUUAAUAGAAUGGAUACGCCAGAAAGCAAUUGUUCGGAUACGCAUAUCGAUCAAGAAACUACUAAAUUGUGGCAAGCUCUUGCAGAAAAUAAAAAUUUGAAAGUAACAGAAGAGAAAAUAAAUGUAAACAAUGGUUUAUCCGGAGAAGCAACUAAUCUACUUCGAUCUAUAUUCAAAAAUAGCCAAAUUGGUAUUACUACUGUCGAUAUUAAAUCACAAAUAAAAAUUUAUAAUAACGGUCCAGAAAUCAAAACUGAACAAUCUUUAGUUACAAAAACUGAUUCUUCUGUAUCUGGGACGAUUUGUACUAUUACACCAAGCAUAGAGAAUAAAGUUAUUUGUAUGGACAGUAAUCCAUCCAGUCCAGCUAGUACUGGACGAAAAGAAACUAAAGGUCGAAGAAAACAAAGUUAUCCGAGUAAGGCCCCAACAAGCCCAGACACUGAUAAUUAUCAAAAUGAGUCUAGCGAAGAGCAAGCACAAGAUUUUACUGCAUGGUCAUAUAAAAUGAAAAUAACUGAUCUGGAUAAUCCAAAACCGAAAUUUGAGAAACAAAGUAGUACUAUUCCUAAAAAAGUUGAUAUGGUUUGUACUAAUUGUGGUACUAUGACUACAACGAUCUGGCGAAGAAGUAUGAACGGUGAAAUGGUUUGUAAUGCGUGCGGACUUUAUUAUAAACUUCAUGGAAUUAAUCGUCCAGUCACUAUGCGAAGAGACACGAUACACACACGCAGACGCCGACCUAAAGGGGAAAAACCAACGCGACAUAGAAAUAAUAAUAUUGUAGGGAAAGCAAUUACAGCAGGACCACCACCACAAUCUGACCAACCUGAUUCUGAAAGUGUUAUGGUGGCAGCUUUGCGUCAAACAAUUCAGCCUCAUCUUUUAAUGGGAGGACUACCACCUUUAUCUGGUAGCCAUAACCCAUUCUCUCGCACACUUAAUUUUCCAUUGCUGCCGAAUUUUGUAAUACGUUCUGAUGAAAUUAAAGCUCGAGAACAAGAACAACAACGUCUUGCGAUAAAGGCGGCGGCGGAGGCGGCAGCUGCGGCUGCUAGUGAAGCACAGGAAGGAGAUGAAGAAAAUAUUUCAGAUGUACCAUUAAAUUUGGUUGCGACAUCGUUAACUGAAGAUGAGAAGACGACACAAUGAGAAACUUCAUUCAAGACAUCGUACCUAGAGCUAUCAUCAGGCCCGUGGUAUAGAACAUGUGAAAGGUAUUAUGAUAUUAAGCACACAGUAUUAAUUACAUGAUUACUCAAAAUGUAUAUACAUAUAUAUGUAUAUAUAUUUGUGCAUGUGAAUAAGAAUAUUUUUAUACAAAAUUUUCUAUGCUUUCGACUGGAGAGCGAUGGAUGAGUGAUUAGUGUACAUCAUAUGUGCAUUAAUUGUUCUUUCGAUAUACAUCUAUAUAUAUAUGUACAUUUGCGUACAUGAAGCUAAUCGUUGUCUGUUUUAAAAGCAAGGAUGGAUAGAUAGAAUAGUUUCAAAUGAAUAUAUUAUGAAGAAACUAAUGAAUGAAAUAAAAAAAAAAAACAACUUGACGUUUUGUUCCACGGGCUUUUGGUCACAAAUGACAUAAUAAUCAUAAUACUCUCGUUAUUUUAUAUACAAUAAGCUUUUUAUGAAAUGUCUUGUUAAAUUUUUCUAAUGUAUAAAAUUGUAUUUUUUAAUAUGCUUUAGUAUAAGUACGUACGUAUUUAAAAAGGAUAAAAAGGAUAAUCUAAUAGUACACGAAAGAAGCUUUUUGAAAUAUUCUGACAUUCAUUCGAAUAUUGAAAAUUCAUUCAAUUACACUUUAGUAUCGUGUUAA